GAGAAAUCAAUAUUCAUACAGAGGAUGUGUAUGGCACAGGGGGAGGCUCUGGGGCGUUGUGUUUUUAAGAGGGUGGAGUUAACGGCUGGAUUUGGGCUCUAGCUCCGCCACACUUUCUGUUUCAGCGUUCGGGCCAUGUGGACGCUGCUAGCGAGGAGCCGCGGCUGCUGCUGCUACCGCCGACACCUGCUGCCCGGGACACGGGGCUACGCUCAGCGCCUGCCGGCCAUCGGCACCGAGGAUGGAGCCGCACAGCUGCCUGCAGCCGCCCGACCGCUCCCGGGCACCGGCGCGAUGGGGAGCAUCAGGCGGAUAAUUCAGAACUGUAAAGCAGAGUUGGUAGCCUUGAAGAAAUGUGAACCUGGUUUUCACCCAAGUCUGGCCAUUGUACAGGCUGGAGAUGGUGACAUGGUGGAGAUGAAGAAGAUGGCCGAAGAGGUCGGGUUGCAUGUUGUUCAGGUCCAUUUGCCCGAAGAAACGGCGGCAAAGGAGAUUGUAUACGAGAUUAUGAAGUUAAACGAAGAUCCAAAAAUUCAUGGUUUGGUUCUUCCCCUCAGCCUUGUGAGCGAUGAUGCCGUGAAUGCGGUGAAUCCUGAAAAGGACGUGGAUGGGAUCACAGAUGUUAAUUUGGGGCGAUUGGUCCGUGGGAAUUUGAGCGAGUGCUUCGUCCCGCCAGCUGCAAGUGCAGUGAUGGAAUUGCUGGACCAAGCAGAUCUGCUCGCGCUUGGAAGGAAGGUUUUGAUUAUAGGGGAGGGUGGAUCACGGGAGGCAGCCCUGCAGAAACUCGUGCAGAUGGAGGGGAUGGUGGCUGUGAGCUGCCUGUGGCAGAGCUCCAACAUCGUGGAACUGGUGAAUCAGACUGAUGUGGUGGUGGUGACCAGUCCCGCUCCAGACGGCCGUAGAGAUGACUGGCUGAGAGCUGACUCAACCAUAAUCGCCUAUGACUUGCCAGCCUUUAGCUCGAGGUCUGGCUGCCAAGAUUUCCAGCACAAAGAUCCUGCAACAUCGCACGAUGAAAUUGGACUCCUGACAGUAGCUAUGCAGAUCAAGAACACAGUGGAAAGCAGUACCCGGUGGUUGAAACAGCAACAGCACAAGAGAUGGAAUCUUCAACUCCUCAGGUUGCACACCAUCUCACCUGUCCCCAGUGACAUCGAGAUCUCCAGAGCACAGACUCCAAAACCGAUCAGCCUCCUCGCCAAAGAAAUUGGGCUACAUCCAACUGAAAUAGAAGCCUAUGGAAGGAACAAAGCAAAAGUCAAACUGUCUCUCUUGGACAGAUUGAAGAACCAAGAAGAAGGAAAAUAUGUACUGGUUGCUGGAAUUACACCGACUCCUCUGGGAGAGGGAAAGAGUACAGUGACUAUUGGAUUGGUUCAAGCAAUGGGUGCUCAUCUGGGCGUUAAUGCAUUUGCUUGUGUGAGGCAGCCAUCACAGGGGCCAACAUUUGGUGUUAAAGGUGGAGCUGCAGGAGGUGGAUAUUCUCAGGUCAUCCCCAUGGAGGAGUUCAACCUUCACUUAACUGGGGACAUUCAUGCCAUUACAGCAGCCAAUAACUUGUUGGCUGCAGCUAUUGAUGCCAGGAUGUUGCAUGAAGCUGCUCAAUCAGACCAGGCACUCUAUAAUCGUUUGGUGCCUAAUGUGAAUGGAGAACGACACUUCUCUGCCAUCCAGCUUGCACGACUAGCACGGCUGGGGAUUGUGUCGAAGGAACCCCGCGCACUGACACCAGCGGAGAUCAGCAAGUUUGUCCGCUUGGAUAUUGAUCCAUCUACAAUUACCUGGCAACGAGUGGUCGAUACAAAUGAUCGUUUCUUGCGUAAAAUAACGAUUGGGCAAUCUAACACAGAGAAAGGAUUUACUAGAGAGACUCAGUUCGAUAUUGCUGUUGCCAGUGAGAUCAUGGCGAUCCUCGCCCUAACGGACAGUCUGGCCGACAUGAAGAACCGACUCGGAAAGAUAGUGGUGGCCAAUGAUCAGAAAGGACAACCAGUUACAGCUGAAGAUCUGGGAGUUAGUGGUGCGCUGGCGGUGCUGAUGAAAGAUGCAAUCAAGCCAACAUUGAUGCAAACACUAGAGGGAACCCCUGUGUUCGUGCAUGCGGGACCUUUCGCAAACAUUGCGCACGGCAGUUCUUCGGUUUUGGCUGACAAGUUGGCGCUGAAGUUGGUUGGCCACGAGGGGUUUGUGGUGACUGAGGCUGGCUUUGGUGCGGACAUUGGGAUGGAGAAGUUCUUCAACAUCAAGUGCAGGGCCUCGGGGCUCCAGCCUGACGUGGUGGUGCUUGUGGCAACAAUCCGAGCCCUGAAGAUGCACGGUGGCGGUCCCAGUGUUUCUGCGGGCAAGCCCCUAGCGAAAGAGUACACCAAGGAGAACCUGCUGCUGGUCGCUGACGGGUGCUGUAACCUGCAGAAACAGAUCCAAAUCGCUCAGCUCUUCGGCAUUCCGGUCGUGGUCGCUAUCAACGUUUUCACGACUGACAGCAAGGCGGAGAUUGAGCUUGUCUGCGACAUUGCGAAGGGUUCCGGUGCAUAUGAUGCAGUCCCUUGUGACCACUGGGCUGCCGGGGGCAGGGGAGCCGUGCAGCUGGCGCAGGCUGUCAGCAAGGCUGCCGACCAGAAGAGCAGCUUCCGCUACCUCUACGACCUACAGAUGCCCAUUGUGGAAAAGAUACGCACAAUAGCCCAGGAGGUGUAUGGGGCUGAUGAUAUAGAGCUAUCUCCUCGAGCUCAAUCCAAGGUGGAUCUCUACACCAGCCAAGGCUUCGGAGAACUGCCAAUCUGCAUGGCAAAGACCCAUCUGUCUCUGUCGCAUCAGUCUGAGCGAAAGGGAGUUCCCACUGGCUUUAUUCUGCCGAUCCAGGAUGUACGUGCUAGUAUUGGGGCUGGCUUUAUCUACCCACUGGUUGGCACGAUGAGCACCAUGCCAGGACUACCCACUCGGCCUUGCUUCUAUGACAUCGACCUCGACUCGGAUACGGAGCAGGUGCGGGGAUUGUUCUGAAGGCAACUCUCAGACUGCAGAUUACUCAAAUAUCCUGUCCGGUUUCUUGAUGAAUAAACAUCAGCUCUAUCUGCCUUUUAAUGAAGUUGUGGGAAGAUUACCAAGGCCUUGAUCAAGUUUUGUAUUAAGUUAAGCCCUAGCUUCCUGAUGCAAGCAUUCUGCACUGAUGAAUCUUAUCCAGUCUCUAUCAACAGCAAUAAUGCAUAUUUAAUAACUUGAUAUUUGUGGUUGGAUAUGACGAUGCUGAAUAACUAAUUUAAAAUGUGUUAUAGGACAGGUGUCAUUUUAUAUUUCAGUAUUCUGUAGUGACAUGGUUACCGUGCCUAAUGCCACACAAUCACACACACACACACACACACACGCACACGCACACACACACACUCAC